AUGACACAACCACACGCUACCGAGGCGAACUUUGACGAAAUCCUCCAGUAUCUGUGCGAGCCCGACGGUCAAGAGCAAGCUGCUCUCGAGUCUGUGCGUGUGGGCGACGAGCAGACAGUCCGGCAAACGAGCCUAGGUCUAAAGGAAGGAGCAAGCCUGCGUAACAAGCUUGAAGCUGUUACACUACGGAAACCCGAUAUUCUACAGAUUCUGUUGGAAGAGAAUCGGGUGCUCUCCGAAGAUGUCGUCGCUGAAGCGUUUCAGCGCAAGGAUAGAAUGUGUAUACGAAUACUCCUUGAUUUUGGUUGGGACAUCAACAAUACUCUCUGGGCAGCUUCCCCGCUCUGUUUCGCGAUCCAUGACAAAGACUUCAUGAAUUGGCUCAUCGACCACGGAGCGGAUAUCAACGCUCGUUAUGAGCUUGACCUCCCCGUACUCGCUAGUGCGAUCGCUCUUGGCGACAUCCAGGUGGUCCAUCUCCUACUCGAAAAGGGAGCCGACGUUAUGCACGGAAAUCUCCUGCACAGUGCUGUUGAGAGGAAAAAUCAGCGCGAAGGCGCCGAACUAGUCGACUUUCUUGCGCGGAAAGGAGUCGACGUAAAUGCACAUCGCCACACCAAUUCUGUCGCGUGGAAGCAGAAGGCUAUGUCUUUUCUUCCUACACCUCUAUACUUGGCAUGCGACAAGGAGAAUAUUCCGGUCGUGCAGGCUCUUCUUCAACAUGGCGCAGACCCGGCUCGGAAGGUUUUUGUCUGGGGACGCAACGGGCCAAGUGCGCUGGAGAGAACGCGGUCCAUUAACAACCCCAAAUUGUCUGCUUUGUUGUUCGGUGCUCCUUCAAAGUUCUAA